AACAUAGUUAUGGACUCCCAAUUAGCUCCAUCAAAUCUUCCUCUCAUAGAUUUUAGCAAUGAAAACUUGAGACCUGGCACCAGUAUUUGGAUAUCCACAAGCAAACAAGUGAAGAAUGCACUUGAGAAUCAUGGGAUUUUUCUGGCAACUUAUGGCAAGAUCUCUUCAGAAAUCAAGAAUUCUUUUCACCUUGCACUGGAGGAGUACUAUGAUCUCCCCAAGGAGCAAAAAGGUCAGUUCACUCCAGAUAAACCUUAUUUGGGUUAUUUAGCUGAUCAUCUUGCUACCUGUGAACUUACUGCUAUUGGAGAUCCAACCAGUAUGGAAGCUAUUGAAGGCUUCACAAAUCUCUUUUUCUCCUCCGCAAAGAAGGAUUAUGUCAGUGCAAUCAUGCAAUCCUACUCAAACCAAGUGGGAGAACUGCAUGAGGUGAUAAUCAGAAUGGUCUGUGAAAGCUAUGGGGUUGUGGAAUGCUACGAAUCGCUCAGAGAAUCGCUAGCUUAUAUAUGUAGAGUCAACAAGUAUAGAGCAGCCAAGUUGGAUGAGAAAAAUGUAGGUUUGGCUCCUCAUACAGACUUGAGUUUCAUGACCAUAGUUCACCAAAAUCAAGUCAAUGGUUUGGAGGUCAGGUUGAACGACGGAAGUUGGAUCCCAGUUGAUAUUCCUCCCUCGGCCUUCACCGUUUUUGCCGGUGAUGCAUUGAUGGCAUGGAGCAAUGGCAGGAUACGUUCUGUCCUUCAUCGAGUCACAAUUUCAUCAGAAAUGCCAAGAUACUCAAUUGGAUUGUGUUGUUACAAGAAAGGGAUGUUGGAAGCACCAGAACAGCUAGUCGAUGAGCACCAUCCUAUACUGUUUAAGCCAUUUGAUAAUCUUGAUUUGGUUUCAUUGGCCUACACAGAAAGGGUGGUCGUAGUUGAAGAUAAGCUCAAAGUCCUUUUGGCGCUCAAGGAAUCCAUUUGUCCAUCUUAAGUGUUGCUUGCGGAUGCAUUACCCAAUUUACAUGAUAUACAAUUCGUGUCCAUAAACUACAUAUGUAUGGGAUACAUGUUUGUGAAUUCAACUCUUUUUUUAUAA